AUGAUUGAGUUGGAGAGAUAUAUUGCUGGGCCGGGCCCCGCCGCAGUACAGAGCCCGGGAAGCCGCAGAGAUGCUCAAACAAAACAACUGCAGGAUGCUGUCACAAAUGUGGAGAAGCAUUUUGGAGAGCUUUGCCAAAUCUUUGCUGCUUAUGUACGGAAAACUGCCAGGCUUCGAGACAAAGCCGACCUCCUGGUGAAAGAAAUCAACAUGUAUGCUUCUACCGAGACCCCGAAUUUAAAGCAGGGUCUGAAAGACUUUGCCGAUGAGUUUGCCAAACUUCAAGAUUACCGCCAGGCAGAGGUUGAAAGACUUGAAGCCAAAGUAGUUGAACCUUUGAAAGCUUAUGGGACCAUUGUAAAGAUGAAACGAGAUGAUCUCAAAGCAACGUUAACAGCAAGGAAUCGAGAAGCCAAACAGCUAUCUCAGUUAGAAAGGACAGGCCAACGAAACCCAUCUGAUCGACAUGUAAUUUCGCAGGCUGAAACUGAAUUACAGAGAGCCACAAUUGAUGCUACCUGCACAAGUCGUCAUUUGGAGGAAACUAUUGACAAUUUUGAAAAGCAGAAAAUAAAGGACAUAAAGAACAUAUUAUCUGAGUUUAUCACAAUUGAAAUGUUAUUUCAUGGCAAAGCUUUAGAGGUCUUCACUGCUGCCUACCAAAAUAUACAAAAAAUUGAUGAGGAUGAAGACCUAGAGGUUUUCCGAAAUUCUCUGAAUCUAUCAGAUUAUCCAUCUCGUUUAGAUAUUGUAAGAGCAAAUUCAAAGUCACCUCUUCAGAGAUCAUUGUCAACUAAGUGCACAUCUGGAACUGGACAGAUAGCCACCUGUCGAACAAGGAAGGAUCAACAAGUAGAAGAUGAAGAUGAUGAAGAAUUAGAUGUUACAGAAGAUGAAAACUAACUUCAAAAAGAAUUCACAUUUCUGUUUUCAUGUCACAUGACUGGAAAUGUAGGAUCACUUUAUACUCACUUGACAGGUUAAAUUAUAAAAUGAAAUGCUACUAUGAAAUGAGGGAGGGGGUGGUUAAGGAAAUUAUGCUAAGGAAAAAAUGAAGAUUUUUUUUUCCUGAA